AUGUUCGUAUACGAUGAAUUAACUGCACUAGACUUACUUGAUGUCAAUUUGGUGAACUUAGAUGCUAUGACAGCCUCUUUUUCCUUGGAGUUCUAUACGAGCUACUUUGAAUCGCAUAAUCAGCACUGUAUGGCUGUUAAGACAGAUGGUAGUGUGGUGGGAUAUCUCUUUGGGUCGACGGGUAAGUAUAUGAAGAGUGAGACUAAGUAUGCACAUGUAACGGCUUUAAGUAUUGCGCCAACAGUAAGGAAGUGUUGUUUAGGCAGUGGGUUAAUGGAGUUGUUUGAAAGGAAUGCCAGUGAGGAAGAAUCGGUGUUUAUUGAUCUGUUUGUGCGCUGUUCUAAUAAGAGUGCAAUUGCUUUCUAUACCAAACACGGGUAUGGGGUGCAUAAGCAAGUGCCUGGGUACUAUAUUGAACCGGCUGAAGAUGGUUAUGAUAUGAGGAAGUAUCUUAAAGGGCAAGUUGAGGUGGGUUGA